AUGACUUGUUUUGAAGAUCUUUCAGGUGAACUUCUCAUGGUUAUAUUUGAAUAUAUGGAUGUUGAAGAUAUUUGGACAAUAUUUUUUAAUAUGAAUACAAGAUUUAAUACACUUGUAUUUGAUUCACGUUUACGUUUAACAGCUAAUAUAUCAAAAAUUGAUAAAGCAAAAUUUGAUAAAUUUUGUUUAUCAUUAUUUCAAACAAAUUGUUAUAAUAUAUUUACAUUAAUAUUAUCAAAUAAUUAUUAUCGUUAUCCACAAAUUGAACAAUUUUUAUUUCAUACAAAUUUUAUUUAUUUUCAAUCAUUAUAUUCAUUAAUAUUAAUUGAUAUUAAUUAUAAUGAAUUAAUUAAUAUAACAAAACAAAUAAAACAAUUAAUUAAUUUAAAUCAUUUACAUAUAAAUACACAUGAAAUUUUUCAUGAUAAACAAUUAAUAAAUGUUACAUAUGAAUUAUUUAAUCAACCGAAUAUACGUGUUUUAGGACUUAAUUUUCAUGAAAAAAUUCAAUGGUGUGAUAAUAAAACACUUUCAUUAUCGAAUAUUAAAGUACUUUCAUUAAAUUUUAUAAAUAUUGAUCGUCUUUUCUUACUUUUAUCAUAUUGUCCACAUCUUCAUUCAUUAUCAAUGACACUUGAUUCUCGUUGUAAUUCAUUAAUAACAAAUGAUAAUAAUGAAUUAUUAUCACAAACAACAGUAAAAUAUCCUCAAAUAGUUCAUCUUCGUUUUUAUUAUCGUUCAUUUAAUGUAUCUAUUCUUCAACGUUUAUUAGAUGUAUUACCAUCAUUAAAACGUUUUUCAAUUGAUACUCUCAUAUAUAAAGAAGAUUAUAUUCAUGCUACAUUUUGGACAUUAUUAUUACAACAACGUUUACCAUUAUUAGAACGUAUAAGAUUAGUUUUACGAGGAUUUUUUGGUUUAGAAUCAAAUGAAAUAAUAAAUGAAACUCAAAAAAAUCUCAUUGGUGGUUAUCAAUAUGAUCGAUAUUGGCUUGAUAGAGCACAUAAAAAAAUAUUUACUUGUUAUACAAAUGCUACAUCCAUGGUGCUUCAAGUUCGAUAA